AUAACAACAUUUUAAACUCCAGAAAUCUUUCUAUACAUAUACGCUUCUUAGUACACAUAUAUAUAUAUAUACCAAUAUACGCUGUUUUGUUCUGCUUUUAGGAAAAAUAAAACAAAACUGUUUUAUACGUCAUCACAAUACACACAUAUACACAAAUAAAAAGAAAAAAUAGUCAAUAUGAAAGGAAAACCAUUCGUAAUUACAAUAUCAUUUUUGAUAUUCUUAAUUACAAUUAAUAAUCAAAUAGAAAUAAGUGAUGGUAAAAUAACAACAAAACGUGGUAAAGUUUUUGAUAUGUGUGGUUUAGCAAAAGAAUUACAUAGAUUAGGUGUACCAAGUAUGGAAAUUCCAGAUUGGAUAUGUAUAGCAUUACAUGAAAGUGCAUAUAAUACAAGAGCAAAAAAAGUAAAUCGUGAUAAAAGUACAAGUUGGGGCCUAUUUCAAAUUAAUGAUAAAAGAUGGUGUGAACCACCAGAUAUUGAAUAUGGUGUUAAAAAAGAUUAUUUAGAUAUAUGUGGUAUUGAAUGUACAAAAUUAAUAACAGAUGAUAUUACAGCUAGUGUUGAAUGUGCUAGACAUAUUAAAGAAUCAAAUAAGAAAGGUUUUGCAAAUUGGGCACUCUGGAGAAAUAAAUGCCAAUAUCAUAAACCAGAUGUUAAAAUCUGUUUUUAAAAUUUUUAAUUUUCAUUUAUUUCUAUUUUAUUUCUAAGAAUUAAUUUUUAUAUAAUAUGUACCUAAAUGAAUAUUUUAAUCAA